CCUGGGAAGAAAGCCCUCGGAGGCCUCUGGCCCGAAGCGAACAACUGGUCAUGUUACUAUCGAAGAGCACCAGUUUCUAGAAGUGACUGGGUCAUAUAUUUUACGUUCACCUUGGGAUUCUAAGACGGUGGUGAAAAGUCCACCAAUAUUAAUGACGCACCGGGUUCGAACGGGGAUUCUCCUGCAGACACUGCUAGCAAUGCAACGACAACAAGAGGUGCUGAAACCGACGUCAAAAUCGGUGCCAUGGACGGGCGGGGUCUGGAACCUGGAGUCAAAGUUGAGCAGGAAGAGGCUCCUGAUACUGAUAUGGAGGUAGACGACAAUCGACCGUGUGCGCUGGGGUCUGCCCCAAAGGAGGGCAAGGGAAAAGGGAGAAUGGAACUAGAGCAGGACAAUGCCAGUGGCGAAGAGAAAGAUCUGGAGGAAAACGAGCACGAACAAAGCGAAGAAGAAACAUUCACCCUUGAACCUCCCAGGGUCAUCCGCAUCGCAUCUUACUCUGGGUCAGUACUUCGCAUCCACACUACUGUGAAGUGGCAAAGCCCCUCGGAAGAACAAUGCGAUCACAGGAGUUCAAGUUUUGGCUCGGGACUCGUUCCACGCACUGCGAUAGUCGGUGUUGUUGCAAAACUCUCGCUCGAAUCCGACCACCACCUCGCUCGAGAGGCGAUAAACUAUCAAUCAUUCCCUGACCACUUCUUCCAACACUGGAACGGGUAUAACGUCAUACCCCCAAUACACGAUCCUCUCCCCAUCUCUGCCCACAAUUCUACGGGUAUUACACGCCUGACGAUCCAAGUGACUACAUUGAAUAUUCGAGUCGACCUCGUUAUCUGAGUCCAAUAUUACUCCUGGAGCACUGUGGCCGCGAGAUAGAUCCAGUCGUGCAGGGUGGUUACAUCUGUCAUUUGCAGCGCGGAACAUCCUGUGGCAGCAGGGCAAGCCAACAGAGUGGCCAAUUGAUCGGCCGCACUCUGGCAAGAGCUUCCGCCUGAUAGACUUUGGUAGAUCGGGGAAAUCUAAUA